GACAUUGUACUGCGAAUAGCAAAAUCAGUUGUUAACUUUUUACGCCGACCCACUAAGUUGUCAUUUGUUUCGUGACUGCUUGCAAUAGGAAAGGUGAAUUUGUACAUCUUAAAGGUAACUGGGUUGUGUUCAUUUGUUAUUCAAGAUAUGUUCAAUAUUAAAAAUUAUGAGUACGAUUGCACUAUAAAAUGCAAUUGCCGUCAACACGCAAAUGCAAUAACUGCCGCAUUGACCAAGCGUUCAAUUAGCAAUGAAAAAUUAGCUGCAUUUAUAGCUAAAACUUGCCGAAAUUUUGCCGACAAUGUUGAUGAUCUCGGACGGUCGGCGGUACAUAUAGCAGCGUCCGUUGAUCGGUAUGAAGUAUUGGAGUGGCUACUAAACCAGGGUGCAAUUAUAAAUGGACGAGACUUUGAGUCAGGUAAUAGUGCCUUACAUCGUGCCAUUUAUUACGGUUGCGUCGAUUGUGCAGUGCUAUUAAUACGUUAUGGAGCUAGUUUAGAGUUAUUAGAUGAAGACACCUGCACACCUCUACAUAAUGUUUGCCGCUUAGCUGAUUAUUCAAGGCAACAUGACUUCUCGCCACGAAAUGAAGUGCUGGUUUGGGGCUCAAACAGAAACUAUAAUUUAGGAACGGGUAACGAAGAAGGCUGUACUACACCACAGACAAUAGAAUUUUUUCGAAAACAACAGACAUCACUUAAAUUAAUUGCCUUAAGUGCUUAUCACACACUUUUUUUGGAUCAUCAGCAUCAUUUGUAUGCAGUUGGACACGGAAAAGGUGGCAGGUUAGGGACGAAAACUGAAAAUAGUUUACCUACGCCGAAAAAACUUAAAUUGCCAUUUGAAAAUAAUGCACAUAUAAUAUGUAUGAGUGUUUCGCGUCAACAUUCUUUAUUGCUUACAAAUAAAUCUACAGUUUUUGCUACUGGAAUAAAUGAUAAUAAGCAAUUGGGUGUAAGCACAGCUGGUGAUAAAUUGAUGGUUUUCAAAGAAGUUGCUACCUUAAGAGACUUGAUUUGUAUGCCAUUGCAAGCUGUUAUUGCAAAGGAUGAACAUUCUAUUGCGUAUUCAGAGAAACAAGUUUUUAUUUGGGGAGCAAAUUGUGGUCAAUUUGGCAUGGAUGCGAAAGUAAAAGUUGUUACAAGUCCGAAAUUGAUGAAGAUUCCAGUGGAUAUUAAAAUAAUUUAUGUUGUUGGUAACAACUGUGCAACUGUGAUAUUAACUGAUUUUAAUGCAAUUUUAUUGUAUUACAAUUACAAAAUGAAAUCAAUCAAAACGCCUAACUACGAGCCUAUAAAAAGCAUUUGCGUUAUUGGAGGAGAUAUUACUAAAACCAGUAAAGGAUCUGCAAGUGGUCUUAAACUUUUAAUAUUAACCGAAACAAAUGUUGUGUUCAUUUGGUAUGAAAUUACACAAAAUUUUUACAGAUGCCUUUUCACACCAUUAAAAAUUACAGAAAUCGAUAAGAUAUUCUACAAGGGAAAUCAAAUAUUAUUACUAUCUAAAGGUGAUAUCUACAAAGGAAAAUGUAAUCAGAUACCAAUACCACAAAAUAAACUCAAUGGAAAAUAUACGUACUCCUCGAAUGAAUGGAGCCCAUGUUAUCGUACAGAAGUGUCAACAGAUCAUAUGAUUCGUAUUGAUGUGGAGCGUAUACCACACAUCGAUCGUGCGACAGAUAUUUUUUGUGAUGAUGACUUCACUUCAUUUGCCGUCCUCCAAGAGUCUCAUCUUAAAUAUUUUAAAUCACCUGCUUUGCUAGCAGAAAAAUACACUUUUAAAAAAUUAUUCCACGAUGCCAAUGAAUUUGAUGCUGUACAUGAUGUAGUGCUACAUGUCGAUGAUGAAAUAUAUGCAGCACAUAAGUUGAUACUCUAUGCACGCUCUCCUGGUUUACGCGAAUGCAUUACUGCGCAUACUGAAAAACAUGUUUAUCUGAAAUUUGAUGGUUUUACCGGUAAAAUGCUGGAAAUAAUUUUAAAACAUAUUUAUACAAACUAUUAUCCAAAUAGUGAAGAUUUUGACAAUAUACAGAAAAGCUUGGGUCCCGAUAGUCCCAAUGAAAGCAGAUUAGUUUGUAAAUUAUUUAUGUUGUAUGCUGAGAAAUUUCAAUUGAACGAUUUGUGCAAUUAUUUAAAAAGUUUGGAGGAAGCGCCAUCAAAUACUUUUGAUUUAGUUCCCAAAGGGCGCUUUAAACGCUUGCAACGUUCUGAUUUCCCAGAACUUUACGAUGUACGUAUCAUUUGCGGUGAUAAUGCAGAAUUAUCCGCACACAAAUGCAUUUUGGUAGCACGUUUGGAAUAUUUCGAAAUGAUGUUCGCACAUACGUGGUCCGAACAAAAGGUGAUACAUUUAGAGACUGUACCUGUGGCCUACAUGGAACCAAUAUUGGAUUUUCUGUAUAAUUGUGAUGUGGAACUAUUUCGCAAGCAAAAUUAUAAUGAAAGUUUUCUUUAUAAUAUGAUUGUAUUCUGUGAUCAAUUUUUUGUGGAACGACUACGUAAAAUCUGUGAAAUUAUGAUUCUAGAUAAAAUAACAAUACGUAAAUGUGGCGAAAUGUUAGAUUUUGCACACACCUAUAACUGUGAAGCACUUAAGCUUGGUUGUUUGAAUUUUAUAUGUCAGAACCUAGCGCGUGUUUUAGUACAAAAAAGUCUGGAUAGUUGCGAUUCUGGCGCAUUAAAUUGUAUUAAUUCUCAUUACCGUUCAAUAUUCAAAAGAGCUUUUGAUUAUCGCAUCAUUACUCCAUGCUCUGAAGCUGUAGAUGAUGAUUUGCUAUAUAGUUUUGUAGAUGAUUUUCGAGUGGAUCUUGACUAUCGAAUGGAUGAAGAACAGGAUGCAUUGAAUAAAAGUGCAACAAAACAAAAAUUAAGUGAAAAUAAAUAUAAGCAAUCAACAAGGCAGCAUGAACGUGAUGCUAUUGCUUCAAUGAUGAAAUCUUUGAAUGUAGAUGAUAAAACAAAACAAUCACAGGAAGAAAAUAGUAGAUAUGUGGAGGAAAUUCAGAAAACUGAUGAAAAGAUACAUGAGGAAUAUAAAUCUUGGAUGAAAGUUGCAGAUAAAAAGGAGCAGAAGAAAAAGGUGUCUGUGCCUACUAAAUCAGACGAUAUAGCUUUUGUCAGUGAGAAAGAAAAGUUUUCUCUAACACCACUUAUUAAAACGAUUCCUAAUCCAACUCCUCCUAAAAGAAAUACAGUAACACCAGAGAAGAUAACCGUGCCACAAGAAAACAGCACUCCCAGUAAAACCUUUAAUUUAAGUUUAGCUGAUUUUACACCGACACGUGAUAAAUUAUCACAAAAGCAGAGAAAACGCUUGUCAUCUGAAUCAUCAAAUUGGCGCAACAACUCAAUAUCAGAACAACCAUUGCCAGCAGUAACAACGCCAAGUCCACCACAGCAAAAUGCUUGGAAUCUUAAUGUACAAUCACCUACUUCGUCUUCAGCUACAUAUGAUGCCGCUGUUGAAAUUGGUUGCGCUAAUGAUCCUAAUUCAUUUGCAAAUAGAAUGCGAUUGGGUAACUCAAAGCAAAGCGACACUGCUUCCAGUUCCGCUGCUAGUGUCAAUAGUUUUGCUCGAAUAUUAGCUGAGGAACGCAAGCAGCGGGAAUAUUAUGAACGAAUGCGUUCCAAGUCUUUAAUACUGACUCAAAUAGAGGAGACUGCAAUAACGGAAUUAAGAGCAUUUUACAAUGUCGACAAUGUGACCGAUGAAGUGAUAACAAUUGAACGGAAACCAAUGCCAAGUACCAUUAAUUUUGCCCAAUGGCAAAAUAAAAAAUGAAAUGUGAAUACCAUAGAGUAUGGUAUUAUUUAAUAAUUAAACAAUUUAAUUGUUUAUUAAUUUUUUUUUUGAUAUAUUAUAUUUUAUCAAGACGAAGUAAUAGUGCGCUGUGCUAUGUUUGAUUUUAUUGGAAAUGUUUUUAUUUUUAUAUUCGUUUUAAUUUUUGAAUAUUUAAUUUUAUUUAUAAAAAAGUAUAAAUAUUUUUUUUAUACAGUUUGAAAAGUACAUAACAAAUUAAAUAAUUAAAAAUAUCGGUAAUAAUAUCAAUA